AUGGCAGCUACUCAAGUUCUUCUCGAAUUCGGCGUUACCACAAAAGGAAAACGAUUGCUUAUCUUUGAUGGACAUAUAUACACAUUAAAUAAAGAUCGAGGAAAAGUGAAAUAUUGGCGUUGUCAGGAUCGUUUCUGUUCGGCCUUUGUUCACACCGAUGGAAAGGAUAACUACAAAGUACAUUCCGGCACCCACGAUGGACAUUUACCUUCACCUGAACGCAUUGAGCUUCUUAAAUUCCAACAAAAGGUCAAAGAGCGAGUUGUCAAAGAAACAACACCAAUAGCUCGUAUAUAUGAACAGGAAUUGGCAGUAUCAAAGCUUAGUCAGACUAGUUUAGCCCUUGUAGCAGAUGCUAAAGAUGCUCAACCAUCGCUUUCACGUCUUCGUCGAAAAACAACUCCAACUCUUCCUACAUCAUCAGAUUUCGACAUUCCGAUGAAUUACAGGCAGACUUUAGAUGGCAAAGAUUUUCUUUUUAAGGAUACUCUCAUACGUGGCAAGAGAGCCUUGAUUUUUGCUAAUGAACGACAAUUAGCCAUGCUUUUUGAGUCGAAACACAUCUUCAUCGAUGGCACAUUCUCAGAUGGUCUCUGGAUGGAGUAUAAAUAUCCAGUAAGUGACAUUAUGAUGUUAGCGCAUAAUAUCAUUCUUAUUCAUUUACCUGCACUUCGAACUCUCGACUUUGGUUUCACUUAUUACUGGAUAACAUGGCCCAUUACUGUAUGUGUUCCUCUUACCUAUCUACGUGUAGCAUUAACGUCCAUGGGUGAUUUAGUUCGUAUUAUGUCGACAUCACAACUCGCCUGUGCAUUACGUCAAUUACAUGUCACGAUUGAUAAUGGUAACUACAACGACUAUUGUACUGCAACAACAUCUAAUCAACUGAUUCGAAUGGUUAAUUUGCAUACAUUUACUUUUUUUAAACUUUUUCUCGACUAUAAUAAUGAGAUGGACAUUGAUCGACAUUCUGACAUCGUCCAAUGCCAUGCCUGUUCUUCAACGUCGUCACCACUAUUCACUGAUCAUCGUCAUGUUGAUGUUCAUUUUGCUUUCAGUCUCAUUAAUUAUCCUCAACAUCUCGAAGUAACACAAUAUAUACCACGUGGUAAUCGUUUUCAACCACGAGAAAUAGUCGGUGCAACAUUUGUUGUUAAUCACUGGUCUGAAAAAUCAGAAUGGCUCACUGAUGGUGAUCCUUUUGCUCGUGGUGAUCAAUAUUAUCAUCAUAUGUGGUAUACUCUUCCGUGGACAUUUGAUGAAUUCUUUCACGAAGAAUAUAUUCCACACACAAGGAUUACUAAAAUACAAGUAUUUGAAAUACCUUCUCGAAAAAUUAUAACAAUCGGUCAAUCAUUUCUUCGGGCACUCAAUACAUCGGGACCAACUUUACCAUCAUCUAUAUUCUAUUUACCUCAUGUGGCAUUAUCUAAUUGUAUUGAAACGUUGCACUUGUCAUUUUAUAAUACACCUAUUCGUAUAGAUUUACCUGCACUUCGGCAUAUGACUUUGGUAAAUAGUAUUAAUUGUUUGAACUGUUAUUCUUCAUUUCCGAAAACCAUUCGUUCUAUUCAUAUUCUGCUUUCUUAUACUUUUCCUAUGUAUACGCUACCAAAUUGGUCGGUGGUUUCAUAUUUACGUUCAGCAUUGCCACAAUUGAGUUCGUUACGAAUAUCUUUGUAUGACUUACCAAAAACUGUCGAUGAUAAAAAUUGUGAAAUAAUCGCAAAGACAACAUCAUUGUUCAGAGAUUUUGGUUUUUAUUUUCGACGGAGAUUCAACUUAUCAAAUGGUGAUGAUUUCCUUUCUGUGUUUGAUGACCAUAGAAAAUUUAUUAAACAAUUAUGUCAUUGUAUUCUUUUGUUGUCCGUUGACAAACAACCUUAUUAUUCAAUUGAGAAGGAGGGUUAUGGACUCACGACGUGGUUUUGA